AUAUAUAUACUCCGUAUUAAACAAUUCAUUAUCCUCUCACACAAACCCUAGCCUCACCUGCAGAGUGUAAGCUUCCAUCGCCGAACUGAGGAUCUCACCUCCGGCGGCCCAAAAUGGUGCACGUUUCCUUUUACCGGAACUAUGGAAAGACCUUCAAGAAGCCACGUCGCCCCUAUGAGAAGGAGCGUUUGGAUGCUGAGUUGAAGCUUGUGGGUGAGUAUGGGCUUAGGUGCAAGCGCGAGCUUUGGAGAGUCCAGUAUGCUCUGAGCCGAAUCCGGAAUAAUGCACGAAAGCUUCUAACCCUUGACGAGAAGGACCCAACACGUAUUUUUCAGGGUGAUGCACUGCUGAGGAGGAUGAACAAGUACGGUUUGCUUGAUGAGACCCAGAACAAGCUUGAUUAUGUGCUUGCCCUCACGGUUGAGAAUUUCCUAGAGCGCCGUCUGCAAACUCUGGUUUUCAAGGCUGGCAUGGCAAAGUCAAUCCAUCAUGCCAGAGUUCUCAUUAGGCAAAAACACAUCAGAGUCGGGAGGCAGGUGGUGAAUGUCCCAUCCUUCAUGGUUAAGGUGGACUCACAGAAACACAUUGAUUUCUCCAUCUCCAGCCCCUUUGGUGGUGGCCGACCUGGCAGAGUUAAGAGAAGGAACCUGAAGGCCGCUGCAAAGAAGGCUGCUGGUGGCGCCGGAGAUGAAGAGGAGGAAGAAUGAGCAUUUUUCAAUUGAAGAAAUGGGAAGAGCUUUCUUCUGCUUCGGUUUUCCUCUAUUUCCUUUUGCUUAUUGCUCUAUUUGGAUGUUAUUGCACCCUUUUCCCGAAGCGGCUAUCUGAUUCUUCAGCCUCUGUUUGGUUUGUCGUAUUACUUUUGGUUAAAACUUUUUUUUGUUGUGAAUCCUUGUUGAUGCAUUCUACUAAUUUAUAGUAAACAAUUUAUUAGUUACCAAAGGCAAGAGUCUCUAGCUAGCUUCUUGAAUUCUUUGGUUGUUUAGUAAUCCACUAUUAUCAUUGUGGUAAGCGUCAUUAAGCUUCAUUG